CUCAGUGAAGCGCAAGCAGCUCUUAUCUGUUAUCAAUGAACGUACAAGACCUUCUUUCCAGCGAGGCAGCGCCCGAGUGCCCGCCGUCGCCCGCGACAUCAGUCGAUAGUUGUAGCUCGGACACCCCGAAGCGCGGCUGGGUGGCGCCAUUCCUACUGCAUCUGCAUCAGAUGCUGCGACGCGAGGACCCUCGCGUCAUCCGCUGGUCCGAAGACGGCAUGGCUUUUCAGAUCCUUGACAAGGAGGCCAUGACCACGCACAUUCUGCCCAAGUACUUUAAGAACAAGAACUUCUCGAGCUUCCAGCGCCAGCUCAACUACUUCGGCUUCCGAAAAUGGAGCAAGGCUCGUGCGCAGUUCCCCACAUACAGCCGUGAGCACUUCACACGCGACAACUUCAGUGAGAUGUCGCUAGUGAAGCGUCAGAGCAAGAAGUCGCGCAAGCGCAAAGCUGCAGACGAGGAGCAGCAGCCAGCCAAGCGUGCGGCCCUGGCCGUGGCCAACUACGGUGUUGAGAAGUGCAAACCGAUUCUUCCUCGCCCCGGCACCACUACCACCAUGGCUGCAGCCCUGUCGUACCAACCUCGGAUCGUGUCCCCGCCAAUGCACCCGGCACCUGUGUUCAGCCUGCCUGACCUGUCCCCCACCCGCAAACUGAUCAGUGGCUACAAGCUGCCUUCCAUCCGCGAGCUGUCGCUGUCCAGCGCCCUGCCGUACACGGCCAUCGGCUCUAUCCGUCCCCGCCUAAUGGCCUAA